AUGAAUCCUCAGUACGUGCGUGCUCUCCCUCGGGCUUCUUCAAGUGCCGCAGCGGCUCUGCGCCCAUAUCCCAGAAUCGCCAUCAGCCGACUAUACGCCACACAGAGUAGCCCGAACGGCACAACCAAACGACGGAGGAACAUUACAGUCUUGUCAGACGAUGGAAGAUAUGACUGGGCUGAUUUGAAUGGACGAGAAAAGGUUUCGCGUGCUACACAGCAAUCUUUCAACUUCGUGGUUGUGUUAGCUGGUGUCGUUUUGACAGGAGGUGUCUUCUACCUUCUAUGGACCGAUGUUAUCUCUCCGAAUAGUCGAACAUGGCAAUUCGAGAAAGCCGUCGACCGCGUCAAGGACGACGCGCGGUGCAUAAAACUCCUCGGUGACCGGCGAGAAAUCAAAGCCUUUGGAGAGAAUACCUCGAGCAAAUGGGCACGGCAUCGCCCUAUUGCGACGAGCCUUGAAAAGGACCGUCUAGGCCGUGAGCAUCUCCGCAUGAACUUCCACGUCGAGGGUCCUCUCAACUCUGGAAUCGUUCACGUACACAUGAUCAAACCGUUGGAUAAGAGCGAAUGGGAAUACCAACUCCUUGCGCUGGACGUCAAAGGACACUCACGUGUUGUCCUUGAGAAGGCCGUUGAGAAGCCCAGCGUGGCUAGCUCGCUGAAACUUUUUGGCAUUCAGUGGCGCUGA